UUUACGUUUUCAUUUUAACAUAUCAUAAUUUUAGUAAGAUAUAUUUUAACUUUGUUGAAACUGUGCAUGUAUAAUUAGUGGGGAAUUAUUUUCGACUUACGUUGCUCGAAGUUAUUAUAAAGCGUUAGUUUGUGUGGAAUUAUCAAAAUUAUGAAUGAUAUCACAAAAAUUUUAUUGUAAGAACUGAAGUCAAAGUUAAUCUACAAAAUGACGUCGUUGAGCGACUGGAUGGUUAUGGUGUUUCUUAUGGUAAACGUUCAGGUAUGUCAGGCUGUGUAUUGUAGCGGAACUACUGCAAAGUAUAGCAGGAAAUUUACUUACACAUGCGAUAAACAUCAAACGUGUUGCGGUUCUGGAUGUUGUGAUAAAGUGUACGCUGUCUGGUACGUGUGGGUAAUCCUUGUGCUCUCUAUCCUUUUCUGCUGUGGAGCCGGAUGGUUUUUAAAACGAAAGAAGAAAAUUAAAUCGCGGAUUAACCACAGUCGUACCGACCGAUCCGAUCGUAAAAGCAAAACUACACCAAAUAAUGUCCAGAUAUUUCUUGUGCAAGGAGCUAGGACACAAGGGGAUAAUGGCAACCAAUUGCAAUAUGCAUCAUCCAAUAACGGCACCGCUCCGACAACGAUAGCUGGUAGAAGUGAACCUCCACCGCCAUAUAACAGUCUGGAGUGAAAGAACCGACUGACAAGCGUGUUAUUACACUUAUUGUUAAUAUGUUCAAUAACAUCUCAUAAUCACGUGGUUUGUCAGUGUCGCAAUAAAAUAAACAGGCACCAAUAGAAAAAGGUCUGGAGAUGAGGUUUUCAACCGAACGAAAUUUCCCGUGGGGAAGAGACGUUUUUUUGUGCACCUUAGCGUAUAUUGAAAAAUUACAUAAAUUGUCUUAAUUUUGCAUAGAGUUGUUAUCUUAGAGCACUGUUGCAAAACAAAAAGACCUGCGGACGAGGUUGCCUAAAGUUACAUAAGGGGGACUUUCUACACUUUUUAUUAGACCAAGUUGAUAAGAAAGAUGAGGCUGAGAACUGCUGACAAAUAAGAACAAAAUAAGAACAUAAAAAACAUGGAAAAAUAGAUCUCCUAAGGCAGACAUUGUCGCAGAAUUAUUUAUUUCGAAUUUGCGAAACUUAUACUUAAACUUUGCAUCACAAAUAUUUGCAGUAUAAUUUUGGGCUGAACAUGUUAAAAAAUAGGAGCGUACCAUACCAAAGCCAUUUCCCUGAUUCUUAUAAAAAAGUGUAGUUGUAAAAAGAAUAUCAAUAAGUAGCCACUUUGAAAAGAUAUUUUUACACAAAAUUUGCACGGGCAAGAUGUAUAGCUUUUAUGCACGUUUUUAUCAUUAGAUGAUUGGACAAAAGGGGCUGUCCCAGAUAAACAAUGGAAAAGAGUACUAUUGGUGAAAUCCAGUUCUGAGGGUUUGUUAUGUUAUUUGAUAAGCUUUCGUCUCAAUCCAAAAAAACAUGGGAACGAGGUUACUAUUGGUUUAAUCACAACUCUUUUUUCCCAACCUCGUUCCCAGGGCAUUUUGCCCUGUUGAUGAAAUUUAUGGCGGCAAAAAGGCCCUGAAACAGGCUGGUCACAUGAUCGCUUAUAAUUUAUGAUAAUUAUUCCCGAAAAAUUAUUUAUGAAAGUUUUGGCCUGCAAAAAUUUAUUUCUGCUUUGUGGGGGAGUUUGAUGUAAACAAAAAUACAAGAAAUAUGGCGGUCGAUUUAUUAUGUUUGUGGAGUAGAUAAAAAAACAGCAAAAGUUUUGCAUCAACUUUAGGGAGGCUUGUUUGAAAACUAUGUUAAAAAAAGAUACAAUUUUUAGUUUUACAUGAUAUAAAGCAAAUUUAUCUCAAUAAUUAAAUUGAUUUAUACGUGAGGUGUUUGUCUUUCCCUGAAGAGCUGGUUGUUAGCUAGUAGUUAGCCCGCGUUCCUGACGCUUUCAUCGGCAUUACGGCGACUACACGGUACAGGGCCGCGAAAAGUAGAAAAAAAUGCAAAGUAUAAGCCAAACAGGAGAGCUGUCAAAUAAUGCAAUAAGAAAUAACAAUAAAAAAUGAUGCUCAAAUAACUUAUUACUACGAAAACAUUUGUCAGUUAAACUGAAUAG